AAUCAGUUUAGUGCCAGCUCUAACUUCGUUGCGAAAAAAAGAAUCGGGGAAUCGGCUCGGACGAAAACUGCAAUUUUUUGAAGAACACACGGAUAGAUUGUGGUGCUCGGCGGACACAGACAUUGAGGGCGUGUGACAGCGAUCGCAAGUGCUAAAAACUCGUUCGCAGGCGUAGUGACAGAGAAACAGGCAGCAGGAUGAGCGCACCUGGCAUGGACAAGAGAAAACUCUCCACAUCGGGCGACUCGCUCUACGAAAUCCUGGGACUUCCGAAGACAGCCACCGGGGAUGAUAUUAAAAAGACUUACCGGAAACUCGCACUUAAAUACCACCCCGACAAGAAUCCCGAUAAUGUCGAUGCAGCCGAUAAGUUCAAGGAGGUGAACCGGGCCCACUCGAUACUGAGCGACCAGACGAAGCGCAACAUAUACGACAACUACGGCUCUCUUGGCUUGUACAUAGCCGAGCAGUUCGGUGAGGAGAAUGUCAAUGCGUACUUCGUAGUCACGUCGCCGGCUGUGAAGGCGCUAUUUAUCUGUUGCGCCGUGGUCACAGGAUGCUGCUGUUGUUGCUGCUGCUGCUGUUGUUGCAACUUCUGUUGCGGCAAAUUCAAGCCGCCGGUCAACGAAUCGCAUGACCAGUAUUCACAUCUAAAUCGCCCCGAUGGCAAUCGAGAGGUCAACGAUAUGCCACCUCAUCUGGGACAGCCGCCACGCCUUGAGGACGUUGAUCUCGACGACGUGAACUUGGGUGCGGGCGGAGCCCCCGUGACUUCACAGCCGCGCGAGCAGGCUGGAGGACAGCCCGUUUUCGCCAUGCCACCGCCCAGUGGAGCCGUGGGUGUUAACCCUUUUACCGGCGCCCCUGUAGCAGCUAACGAAAACACAUCGCUGAACACAACGGAGCAGACCACUUACACGCCAGAUAUGGUUAAUCAAAAAUAUUAGUCAAGUGCUGCGAGUGAGUCGAGCCCCGGGCGCAUGCCUACACCACACUUUCAGAUACAGACACAGAAAAAUACAAACCCUAAAUCGUAACAGAAGAGAAAACCAUAUUAAUUAUGCAUAAUUAUUAAUCUUGUUUUUAAGAUGCGCGAUAUGUUGAAGCGAGUAAACAUAAAAGCCUAUGUAUUUAUUUUAAGCCGUAGCACUUAGCUGUAAUUUUAAACAAAGCAGCUCCAUUACCAGUCACGUUAAUCCUCCUGGUCCCAUUCGGGUAAUCGAUUCACUAAUUCCAUUGUUGAAGCCAUUCACCUAGCUAUCUCUAAGAGCCAAACACCACUCGAAUCGAUAGCCAAGCUGCGCAUCCACCACCUCCAACUACCCAGCCGUGCUAAGAACACCUGCGGUGUUUAUUGAAUUGUAAAUCGGGAGUUAGUCUAGACAUUUGCUUCGGGAUUGGAUCCCUACCGGUGGACAAUGAGUCGACUUUUCGCGAAGAGGCACUGUAAUUAUAUAUAUGUAUAUGAUAUGUGUAUCUAGUUUCGUUCGUGUCGUCGCCUAGUCUAGCUAAAUUGUUCGCGAGAUCGCCUCUUCACCGAUUGUUUCUGUUAAUUUGCACUGAAUUGUUAAAGCCAGGACUACUUAUGUAAAAAGGAUUAGUUGUCGAGCGACGCCCAGCAGCUUGCUCCGAUCCGAUUCUAAUGCAAAUGUAAAUAAGUCGAGUUAAGCAAUUAAGCAUCACACAGUCGAGCGGAGGAGAACGAAGUAGAAAAACGCUAUAAGGGAGCAGUAAUUAAAGGAAAGAUAAAAGAUAAAUUAUAUAGCAGAUAUAAAUAAUCCCCUCUAUAUAUAAAUUAAUACGAGUAAUCAAAAGUUCAAUUGUAACCCCCAAAGUAUUGCACUUAUGUAUUCCGAAAUUGUUUAAUAACCAAAUUGAAUCCCUAUGGUUUUUGUUUAAUUGUUAACCCGCUUUGAAAUGUAAAUGAAUGCGAUUAGCCCAGCAGUAAUUAACUUUUAUAAUCGUAGUACCCCAUUCUAAAUCAUUGACAUUAAUUAUUGCGGAUUAUUGCAGCCGUGGGCCAAGUGCCCGCUCACCUUUAAAACAUAUAAACUUGCAUAUAUGAAAUUCAAUUAAUAAUAAUUACAUUUUACGGUCUUGCGUGUGUAUUUAUUGUUCGUACAAGUCAAAAGCAAAAAUACUAAGUAAACUAAAUUUAAACUUAACAAUUGUUUCCAACUUUCGAUUGUAUUCUGGUAUAACACGAUGAACCCGAAAUAAAUUUACUAUACAAACUCA